ACUGAACUGAGCAUCAGUUCAACGUGAACGUGAGAAUCGUUGCAAACUUUUUAAUAUUGUUCACCGGAACUACGUACAUUUUGAAGUUACCUUGAUUUAUUGGUUAAAGAUAUUCUGUGAUCUGAACUUGAACUUUGUUUGGAGUCUUUCAAUAGAUUUUAAAUCUGAACUGAAAUAAUUCCGCGCUUGAGAAUUUAUCAGUGGUUCUAUGUAAAAACUGGAUGUGAUGCUGCGAAUAGUUGUCUUGAAAAUAACUUUCUAUUUUCUCUGCUAUGUUUUAACCCUUUGUUGCGCUGCUCCACCUGACGUGGCCAAGGAGCCGUCGGAAAUUAAUGCAAAUCUGGAUGCUAGAAUGGUGUUAUUUCAAGAUUGUGGAUCGAUUUACGAUAUUCUAGAACUCAGUAUCACGGGUUGUGUCCAGACGCCAUGCAAAUUGCAACUAGGUGCGCUUGUAGCAGUCAACGCGGAAUUCAAUGACUAUGGUGAGGAUGUUCAUGUUUUGAAACACGACGCCUAUUGGGUGCUAAAUGCUGUUAAUACAAAGGCAUCUGUAACCCCGCAAGCAUGCGAUGGCAAAUCUUGCCCAUUCCGCGGCGAUGAAGGCUUGGCGUUCACUGCGAACCUCUAUAUCAACAUGACUUUACCAGCUCUCCGUGGGACACUUUUCUGGGAAGUCUACAACGAAUCCGAGGAACGCGUCAUGUGCUACAAAGUACCUAUUUCGUUGAUGGUUCCAUAAAUGCAAGCCUGAUCGACAAUGGUACUCCCAAAGGACAUUUUCUAUGGCUACGGAUGUAUUGUACACUGCAUUCAUAACAUGAUUUAUAUUGACUAUAUACUGGUAUUAGGGAAUAUAUAUCAUACACAUAUAAUACGCAA